AGCCUCCAGUGUCUCAUUGAAGUUUUAGCCGGCGGGAGAGAGAGAUACAUUUUUCAGUUUCUCUACUAUUUUAACGCACAGUAGUUUGUGGGUUAGGUUAGGUUAGGAAGUUUAAAAGAAAUCAUGUAGAAGGAAUAGUGUUAUAGUGCUGUUACAGUACGCAACGCAUGGAGACGUUUUACAUGUUUGAUAUUGCAUUUCUGCUCGCAACUUUUUAACCUCGAUUACUAAGAGGCGAUUCGACAAAAUCGAUAUUAACAAUCUGUUAAUACUGGUAAUGCAUGAUAGUGUUAGCUGUACACAAGCCAAUGGCAGAACCUCAGAAUGGGGGCACGCUGGAGUGGACACAUCCCGAUCAAGUGAUGCGGCUGCAUCGUAUGAAAUUAAAGAAACGUGCGCUUCAAGCACGUAUGAAUAAAAACACGAGCACUGGCCAGCACGUCGCCAAGGAUCUAAACGAGUUCAAUUCCAAUAGCAGCGGGUCUCAGCAUGUGUCUCAGAAACGUAAGAACCCCUUUGUGAUCAGUGAAACGAACAAGAAAGCAAAAGAUACACUAUCAGCCACAUUGGAAGUCAGUAACGAUAACACGUUGUUUGAAUUACUGAAACUCAACGGCCAACGAGAGGAGAAGACUAGCACGGGAGUGUCUGUGGACAAUUCUCUGACGUUUGCCAACGUUCUGGCAAAACUAGAAUCGACUAGUCAGACUCCUGACCUGAAUGCUCCAACGGGCGCAGCCUACAUUCCUAUAGAUUGGACGUUGAAGACUAAGAUGAGGUUCAUGUCUUUGAAGCCUUUCCCGUGGAAUGGCAAACUCAAGACGAGCGAGGAGGCGUCCGGUACUACAGGAUUCGUCAGAUGCCUGAAUAUUGGGGAGAAAGAGACAACUUUGGACACUAGCCCAAAUGCAAGGUUUCAUCAGUGCUGCUUGAUAUGGCAGCAUCCUUCCCUACCGUGGUUAGAACUAUUUCCUCGCUCCGCUGGGAAAGUAAGUGCCGCUCUCGCAAGUAACAUAGGCAUAGCGAACAAUCAGUGUAUAAAAGACGCAUUGAACAGGGAAUGGUGCAACAGCUUUAGAUCCUUGUUCCACUUGUUGCGAGCGGGGCAGUGUCCAUACUUUUACGUCUGCGCGAAUACUUUUACGGUGCUGUUUCGUGCCGCUGGCGUUUGCGGAUUGUCGGAGAUUCAUGCCCUCGUCACGCCCACGACACGUGGAUUUCGUCAAUCCCUGAAGCAACAAGAAAUAGAGUACUCUAUGCCAUUGAGGAAAGACUCUAAACGACGAUCCGAUACGGGAGAUUCUGACUCUAAGACCGUAGACGCUGCGUCUGAGACGCAGACGACAAAUCAUCGGCAGGAAGGUGACGAUUACGAGGAGGAAGAGGAGGAUGAGGCUCAGGACGCGUGGCUUGAGAGUUUAGGAAUAGAAAAUUCAGAAAUUCAAAGAAUUAACAACUCGCAGGCAAGAAUGACUCUGGAGAAAGAGAGCGAGGUGGACAACCUGCGGCAAUCCCUCGUGUUUGUAAGAGGGGUGGAGGCGCAGGCGUUGUUCAACUUUUUAAUUAAUUGCAAAUCAGCCACAGCGGCGACUGGUGCGUUAGGUGGCGUCCCUCCUACGCUUUUAUCACCAACGGCUUUUCACGGUGCUACGUUAAAACCACUCAAGAUCCGGGAAAGCGUGGUGCGUGUUGACAACGACAAAUAUUACUCGCUCGAAUUGAACGGGCCUCUUUUGCCGCACGUGCUACCAUCUCUUUGCCAUUUGAUGAAAUCUAGUCAAUUGGAGCAGUACUCGGCAAGUUGCGCGCAGCUGGCACCGACAAUUCCGUUUACGAUGGCAAAGCACGGCACUGAUCAACGAGUGAACGUCACCGAGGGAGAGGAUCAGAGUAGCGCGAGGGUACCGCUCAAUGUCUUUGGGCAAGAAAAUUUGAGCGACUGCGGGUUCAACGAGGAGUUGCUAGGUCACUUCUGCAGUCCCGACCCAACCAGAAUAGAUGUUUUAGAGAGUAUAAAAUGUUUCAACGGAUUAUACACAUGGUCGUGAUCGUUCAUGAGUAUCUAGCUUGGGGAAAGGGCAGAUUUGUAUCGCGAAGUUCAGUUAAUAAAAAGCAGCUAAAAUUUCUUCUUGAGGGCAAUGUUACAUCGCUGGCUACGUGUAACGCCCGAUAAUGCGAUGUUACGUGAACGCAGAGUAAUGAAAUACGUCUAACGUCAUGCCGCGUGCAUCUGUACGGAAACGCCAGCCUGCAAAAAUUUAUACGCUUCUCGAUAUUAUCGAUACUGGAUAAGAAUGCUCACACCUGAACCGACGAAAUGGAACGAAAUGGUUAUCCUGGCGAUAUUUUAUAUCACGAGAUCGACGUCACAUUUUGUAAAUAUUGCGAUAUAUUGAUCUCUGCCCCGUGCAGCUAAUGUCCAUUAUAUAUUUAUUGACAAAUAAAAUAUUUUCCAUGCCUAU